CGGCUGCCUGGCCCGGCCCCGGCCUCAUCCCCGCGCCCGGGGAGGCUGGGACCGUGCCGCGGCGCAGGCUCAGCCCCCGCCCCCCCCCGCCCCAGGCCCAGCGGGGACAGUGCCACGCCGGCGACCUCCUCGUAGCGACAUGGCCCCUGCGCUGCCCCUGCUCCUCCUGCCGCUGGCCUUGUUGGCCGCCCCGGCUCGGGCCGAGGGCGGCGCGGCGGCCGCGGCGGAGGAGGUCAAAAUAGAGGUGCUGCACCUGCCCGAGGCCUGCAGCCCCAAGAGCAAGAAGGGGGACCUGCUGAACGCGCACUACGACGGCUUCCUGGCCAGCGACGGAUCCAAGUUUUACUGCAGUCGGACACAAAAUGAAGGUCAUCCAAAAUGGUUCGUUCUGGGUGUUGGACAAGUCAUAAAAGGGUUAGAUAUUGCUAUGAUGAGUAUGUGUCCUGGAGAAAAACGGAAAGUGAUCAUUCCUCCAUCAUUAGCAUAUGGACAACAAGGAUACGCACAGGGCAAGAUUCCACCCAAUGCAACAUUGAUCUUUGAGAUUGAACUUUAUGCAGUAAAUAAGGGACCUCGCAGUGUUGAAGCAUUUAAUCAAAUAGACAAGGACAGUGACAGGAAACUCUCUGAACUAGAGAUAAGCCAAUAUUUGAAAGAAGAAUUUGCAAGAGAUGGCAAAAGACGGCAUCCCUCAGUCCAUGAUGAAAUCUUAGCUGAUAUAUUUAAGAAGAACGACCACGAUGGAGAUGGUUUCAUAUCAGCAAAGGAGUACAAUGUCUACCAGCAUGAUGAACUCUAAGUACUUCAAAAAUCUUUGGCUGUUUUCUGGACACUGAAUUUUAAAUAAUAAUACCUGGUCACAGAAAUUUUUUUGUAAUUUUUUUUUUAUAGCGCCAUCUUUUUAUAUCUCAAUGUGACUGUAAAAAUCUUAUUUUUAAUAUUCAACUAAUAAAAUGUGUUAGAUAUUUCGAAAGAAAGAAACAGAACUGGAGAACACCAUGAUCUAUUAUUAGUGGUUCCUGCUUCCUGGCCUACUGUAUUGCUCAGUAGUCUCUCUCACUGUUUAAAAUACUGAUGAAAGUAAUGAUUUCUGUCCUAUCAAGCACACAAAAAUGGUUCCUGUUGACAUAGUUAGAACAUAACUGAUGAAUCCUUCUCAAUCCACUGUAAAAUAAAAGGGGAAUACAGAAUCCCAGGCAGGUAUCUCUGUUAAACCUCUGUAGGCUUCUAGGCUAGCUUCUUGAGGAAUUGCUGUUUGUAGCAAAUUUAACUAUAAAAGGCAUUAAAAUAAAUGAACACUGUUUAUGGAAUAUCAAGAUAAAAACACAAAUGUUUUUUAAAGCAAAUUAAAAUAACCCCUCUGAUGUAA